ACUUUGCUACUUAUAUCCUGCACAUCUACAUUUACCAAAUUCCAAUUCCUAUAUCCAAUAUAUGAGUGGAUGACUACAAGACCAUUGCGUGUUAACAUGUGGGCUGCUUUGAUUUUUUUUGCCCGGGCUGCUUUUUACCCCCAGUCCGGCCCUGAUCUAAUGUAUCUGCCAGAACAAACACGUCAAGUAGUGGCACAACUAUAGAGGAAGCAGACCUCGCGGUCAAGGGGUGUGUGGCACAGACUGCGGGUUCUUCUUCCCCUCUCCUGGCAUGCAAGGCCGGGGUGGAGGGAUAUUAGCAGGCAGGCAGGUGGAAUGAGGAAAAAGGCCCGGAUGGCCGUUGUUACACCACUGACUUCAAGGAGAAUAUUCCACAAUGUUCAACAUUCAAAAAUAUAAUACAGCAUUAGAAAAAGGAUCCAAGCGACAGCAGUCCAAUAUACUAUAUUAUACUAUUAUUAUACUAUAAAAUUAUAACUAUAGGGCACAGAAAAGCAUUGUUGUGAGCCUAAAAAAAAAAGAAGGCGCAGUUUAUUACGUUAACAACCCAUUCCUCAAUGAGCAGGAGAUGCCUUAUUGCAUGUUCUGUGCAGACAAAAGAAUAUGGGGCAGGGAGACAGUCUAUUCACCAACUCUGCGGUAAAUGCAUAUUGCCACUUUAUCAACUCACUCAUCUCUGGAAUGUAAUGACAUCAAGCUCAUAUGACAACAGCUAUGUCUCCCUGUAUGUACAUAGCGAAUUUUCUUGAGUAAGUGAAACAAUAUAAUGGUUUACAUAGAGCAUUUGGUGAAUAUUUGUUUAUACUGAUAACUCCUAGUUAGAAAGCUGAUAGUCCUGGAUCCCCUCCUGCUAGGUGUGAGAUCAAUCUGCUUUCCCUAAAAGGAACUGUAUUCUCCUUGGUGCAGCUGUCCCUGGGCAGGACUUUUUUAAAAAUAGCAUCAGGACAGCAUGUCGGCUGAGAUUUUUACUGGGACAAUGGCCGUGCAGUGUCAGCCAUUCAUGAGCUUCCAUCAUAUCCAUGGGGACAAUGUACGUAUAGACCCUUCUGGGACGCUAGCUACCAGAGUAGAGAGCUUUGCUAAUGGCAUCUGCUUUAGCCAGGAACCCCUGCAGCCUGGGCAGAUAUUCUUGGUGGAGAUUGAAGAUAAGGAAUUGGGAUGGUGUGGGCAUCUCAGGGUGGGACUCAUGGCUCGGGAUCCCCGUAGCCUUGACAUGGUGCCGGAGUACUCUCUUCCAGAUCUUGUAAACCAGGGGGACAGCUGGAUCUUUGCCAUCACCCGCAACCAUAACAGGGUGCAAACAGAGGACGACAACAGCUCCAGAGCAAUAAAUGAACUUCUUGCAGACCCCUAUUUAAAAGUGGGUAAAUUUAAAUAUCCUCGAGAAAAGUUAGUAGCUCGUAGUCGGCCCGGCCGCUUUAGCCAUAUCUUGGAUGAACUGUACAAAUCUAAUGUGCUCCCACCUACAGCGCUGAGGAGUAGAAUAGGGGUGCUGUAUGAACCUGAGUCUGAUGGCACCCGAAGCAUGCACAUCAUUAUAAACGGUGAGGAUAUGGGACCCAGUGCCAGAGGAAUACCAGCCACCGAGCCUCUUUAUGCUGUCGUUGAUGUCUUUGCUUCAACCAAGAGUGUCCGUGUCAUCCAAUUAGAAUACGGAUUUUCAUCCCUGCAGACACUCUGCCGUCUGGUGAUCCAGAAACACAUCGUCCACCGACUGGCUAUUGAUUGGCUGGACCUGCCAAAGAUGCUGAAGAACUUCUGCAAAUAUGAAUGAUAGUAAUCUCUACAUAGAUACAGACCAGCAGGGGAAACCUAGGAAAGAGGCAAAGUGAGCAGCCUGCAUCAGUUAUCAGGAUGUCACCCCAAACAUCGGAACUUCAGGGUUGACUAUUUCUGGAGAUCUAUUAAAUACUGUCGCACCAUCCUAGGAGGAGAUGAAGAGUUUAUGGCUAAACAUACGCUACUGUACACAACAUUGUUUUAUCUAUGCAUGAAGUUUUUAAGCUGGGCAAAUUACAGCCCUCAAGAGACUGCACAACUAAAACUCCCAACAGUUGUAGUUGAACAACAAUCAGAAAGCCACAGCUCAACUGGCUUAGUUAAAUAUCCUUUAAUAAGUUUGAAUGGGUGAGAGUAUGGUGUGCACAAGUUCUUUUAGAUAACUUGUUCCACUUAACUUUCCACCCUGUAAAAGUAGGACUCUGCGGGCGAUUUCCUGGCGAUCCGACGCGCAAAAACGCUGGCUUGAAGAAACGUAAAUAAAGUAAGAGAUGGAAAUGUCGAAUGAAGUCGCAGCGUUAAUCGGGCGCAACACGACUGUCGGAUUAAGAUGCAGUGUCUGCAUCCAACAGUCGUGUCGCGUCGGAUCAAUGAUGCGACACCAUUACUUACCUUAUUUCUGUCACAUCCGUCAUGAUGCCUGCGGCGCAGCCGCGCAGCACGCCGGAUUGCGUGGAAAUCGCCCGUGGAGUCCUACCCUUAGUGUAAGCAUGGCACCCUCCCUCAUUCCACUGAAAUGUCAUACACAGGGUAGUCUGGAAAUGGCCACCACUGCAAAUCUAAAAACUGUUUGUUCCAUAAAGAAGCCUCUGACAAAAUUAUAUGAAAAGGUACCAUAUUAGUUUGCCUCACUUUUAAGUAGGAAUGCAUCCAGGAUUCGGUUUGGGAUUCUGCCUUUUUCAGCAGGAUUCGGAUUUGGCUAGAAUCCUUCUGCCCAGCCAAAUCAAACCCAAAACCUAAUUUGCA